UGUUUUCUUUUUUGUUGUUGUUUGAUUUUUUAUUUAAAAAUACAAAAUAUUCAGAAACUGUAAAACAUUGGUGUGGACUUUUGUAUAUCGAAACUUUAUAUUCAAACUAUCUUCUUUCUCUUCUAUCUUUCUCCCUCUAUUGCGGGUGAUCUAAAAUUAUCCAUGACUGUGCUAACAUCGCAGCCUCGCGGGAGAGAAGAGGUUUUGCAAAAUUAACAUGUCUCUUCAUUUCUUGUUUACUAACGUAACCGUUGUGACAUUUAUUCCUGAUUAAAGUUAUUAUUUGUGACCUUGCGAUUAUAAAAGUGAAAAUAAAUAAAUAGUUCCUAGACAAAGUGUGCAAAAUUUUUUAUUCAAAAUAAAUCUAUACAGAAGACAAAAUAAACAUUACACUUCCGAGAAUGACAAUUAAUAAAUUAAUAUAAAAUAAACAAAACCUUGAGGAAAAAAAACAUCGUAGUUAUUAUCAAUAAACUCAUAAUCUAUUUAAAAACAACAACGUUAAUGGUACUACUAGAUUACAAUGCGAAUAUAAAUAUUUAAAAUUUCAUUCUAAAAAUAAAAAUUCUUUAUUGUCUGAUAAAAUGACAUUAAACAAUUUUUCUUACUCCUAUGUGUAAGUUAGUGCAACGUUAUAAGUGUUUAUGCAAUAAUCAUUGUCACUACUUAAUAUUAUAAUUGUCGCAGAAUUAAAUAAAACUUGAUUAAAAACAGUAAUAUAACUAGCAGUGUCAAGUGUGGACGAAACUAUUUGAAAGCUUCAUAAUAAAAGUCGUUAUUAUUAUUAAAAAUAAAAAUGAAGGUUUCAGUUGACCACGCGAGUGCAUUUACUCCAUAUUGCUCCAAAACUGUACGUGCUCUACCUUUGUGCUUAGCUUCGUCAUUAUCCGAUAUGUGUAUCGUAUGUGUAGACAUGGCGAGGGAUACACCAGGCUCGCCGAUGUCACGACCACGGGACCUGGUUGCCGGGGGCGCUACAGCAACCCUUACUUCCGGUGCUUAUCAUUCCCCGGUCACUGAUCCAUCCACCCUGCAUGGUCAUGCUCUUCAGCAGAAAAUACUUGAGCUACAGCAGCACCAUCAGCUUCAACAGCAAAUUCUUCGGCAGCAAUACCAGGCUCAGGAACGUCAUCUUGCUGAAAUGCACGAGCAGCAAAUGCAUCAGUUAAAGCUCUGGGAGCAGCAAAAGCAGCUGGAAGAGCAGAUGAGGGAGAAAGAAAGGAUCGAAGCUUUGAGGAAAAAAGAUAAACACGAUCAUAGUGCUGUUGCUUCUACAGAAGUCAAAUUACGUCUACAGAGCUUUCUCGUCAAUAAGAAACAGCGAGAAGCUGCGGCUGCAGCAAAUGGAGCAGUUCCUGGUACACCUGGCUAUAGAAGCUGGCUUCAAUCACAGUCUGAAUCUGCCAAUGCUACAAGUACUUCACAUCCAUAUCGAAUGCCACAGAUCUUACAAGACAAAUUUAGCGAUGAUUUCCCUCUUCGUAAAACAGAUUCGGGCAGUAAUCCUGAAUCUGGGCCUAAUUCACCACCAACAGGAAAUAACUCACAAGCAAGUCCAACAACAGGAAAUAACACUCCUAUUCAAGAGGAAAAUGAAAAUAUACCAUAUGGAGGUCCUCUAACAAGUAGUAGUCAACAAGGAAGUCUUUCAGAUCUAUCAUUAUUCAGUUCACCUUCAAUGCCCAAUAUAUCACUAGGAAGACCACACGUGCCAUCAAAUUCUUCUUCAAGUGGAACAAAGUUAGCGCCUGUGUCAGAAGCUGAAGUGAGAGCUGCGUUCACAGCACGUUUAGGAAUGCCAUUAACAGGUCAGAUGUUACCAGGUACCUUACCAUUUUAUCCGUCAUUAACGAUGAUUGAAGGUGAGCCAGCUUAUAUUCACAAACAAAUGCAGAGUUUGGAACAACAGGGAAACAGGCAUAAUGUGUAUCAUAGUUCACCUAUAACAGAUACUCAAGUAGCUCAUGCAAGACUGCAUAAGGCUGGUCACCGGCCUUUAGGUAGGACACAAUCAGCUCCCUUGCCAUUGGGGCAUCCAAUGCUCCAGGGUGGUAUAUUACCACCACCAACGACACACUAUGAAGAAUAUCUUGCUGAAAAGCAAUUGCACGACCAACAACAAGCACACAAUUAUUUAAAACAACAGAUUCGACAAACAGUUUUAACUCGAGUAGUAUCGCGUGGUGGUCAGGCUAAUCAGCUCGAUGAAGCGCCUGAAAGUGAAGAGACUGAAGUUAUAGAUCUUACGGGAAAGAAGGAUAUUCAAGAAGAAAGUGAAAUAUCUAAACAACAAAGAGAUCGUGAACAAUUCCUUCAACAACAACGGGAUCUAAUGAUGCGCCAUACUCUUCAAGUCAAUGAAAUACCAGCUUAUGUUGGAAGUAGAAAUUCGCAAUCUGCAAGACCACUUUCGCGGGCAUUAUCGAGCCCAUUGGUACAUUUAGGUCCACAGGGUACUGGUAGUGAUGUUUAUGCUCGGGGUUCUCCCCAUCGACCAACUACUGGUUUAGCUUAUGAUCAGCUUAUGCUCAAGCAUGCAUGUAUUUGUGGUGAUACUGUCAGAGGUCAUCCUGAACACGGAGGGCGCUUACACAGUGUUUGGGCUAGGCUUUCUGAGACUGGUCUUCUUCAAAGAUGUGAUCGUAUCCGUUCCCGUAAAGCUACUUUAGAGGAAAUUCAAUCCUGCCAUAGCGAAGCACAUACUCUUUUAUUCGGUACAAAUCCUCUUAUUCGGCAAAAAUUAGACAUGUCUAAGCUCUCUCAAUUGCCGAUUAAAAAUUUCGUACGACUCCCAUGUGGAGGAGUGGGUGUCGAUUCGGACACGACAUGGAAUGAACUUCACACAGCACCAGCAGCAAGAAUGGCUGUCGGAUGUGUAGUUGAUCUAGCUUUUAAAGCAGCAGCGGGUGAUAUAAAGAAUGGUUUUGCAGUUGUCAGGCCACCAGGUCAUCAUGCAGAAACGAACCAAGCAAUGGGUUUCUGUUUCUUUAAUUCCGUUGCCAUAGCAGCUAGACUUUUGCAACAGAAAUUCGAUACUAAGAAAAUUCUUAUUGUAGAUUGGGAUGUUCAUCAUGGCAAUGGUACUCAGCAAAUGUUUUAUGAUGAUCCACGAGUUCUUUACUUAUCUAUUCAUCGGCAUGACGAUGGUAAUUUUUUCCCUGGCACUGGUGGUUCUACAGAAUGUGGUAUUGGUGAUGGACUUGGUUAUAAUGUAAAUAUUUCUUGGUCUGGAGGAUUAAAUCCUCCGAUGGGUGAUGCUGAAUAUCUCGCAGCAUUUCGUACUAUAGUCAUGCCAAUCGCAAGAGAAUUUGAUCCUGAUAUUGUUAUUGUAUCGGCUGGUUUCGAUGCUGCUAUUGGACAUCCACCGCCUUUAGGCGGUUAUAAAGUUAGUCCUGCAUGUUUUGGCAGGAUGACACAAUAUCUUCUGGAAUUGGCAGAUGGAAAAGUGGUCUUAGCUUUAGAAGGUGGCUAUGAUCUUGCUGCAAUUUGUGACUCUGCUCAAGAGUGUGUGAGAGCUCUUUUGGGUGAUGAACCGACGCCUAUCCGUCAAGAAGAACUCACUAGGGUACCAUGUCAAAAUGCUAUUGACACAUUACAAAAAACAAUUGCUAUUCAGAUGUUACAUUGGCCAUGUGUUAAAGUAGCUGCUCAUACUGUAGCAUUAAGUGCAUUAAAAGCAAGUCAAAAAGAACAUGACGAAACCGAUACUGUAUCUGCUAUGGCAUCUUUAUCAAUGCAACAGCCUACGAAUCUCUCGACCACAUCAGAACAUUCCCGUCAAGUUUCUGAAGAACCAAUGGAGCAGGAUGAAACAAAAUAAGCAACAUAAUUUUAUAAAGUAAAUAAUUUUACUUAUAUUUCUGAAAAUUUUUUAGAUGAAAUAUAUUCGUCGAAAAGAAAAAAAAAAUGAAUUUUUGAAUGAAUUUAAAAACUGUAAUCAUCUUGUUAUUUGAGAAUAUAGUUAAAAUUGCAUUGUAUAAUAUUUAUUUGAAUUUAGAUUGGGAUUUUAAAAUUCGUCCCUCUGAAGCCCUCCAAUUUUCUAUCUAAACAAGAUGUAUUUAUUAUGGCUGGGCCAUAAUAAAUUAUAACAGAGAAAAUUAUUUAUGUUGUAAAACCUUCUUUUUGGAAUUUUUAACUUAGAAAAGGAAUUGAAAUGUGAUUAAUAUUGACGUUUUAAAUUCAUUUUAAUGAUACAAAUGCAGGGUUUUGAUAACUAAUUGCCUUUCUUCAUCUGUAAAUCUUGAAUUGUUUAGAAAUUAAUUUCAUUAAACAAAUUAAUUUCUUUAAAAAGUUUAUUGUAUAUGUGUCUUAAGUAGACAACGAAUGGUUUAUUGUAAACGAUUGAAAUUUUAAACCACUAAAAAUAAAUGAAACAAUUUUUAUUUGUAUUAAGCAGCAUGUGAAAAUAUUAUUUAUAAAUUAAAAUGGAAUACUUUUAUGUUAAAGUUAUAAACCAGAAAAACAUUUUUUAUAACGAAAAUUUAGAAAAAGAUUUACUUUAACAAGUAAAUGGAUACACUAAUUAGUUGGUAUAAAAAAACUAAAAAGACAAUAGAAUUAGAUUUUUUUGACGUUAUUUCUAACUUUGAAAAAAAAUUUGGUAUUGCGCUAUGCGGGUCAUUCGCGCAAACAUUUUUGUCUUUAAUCAUUUAUGAUAAACUUGUACACGAAUUAUUCAUAUCUGUAAACAAUUAAAUUUUUACUCUAAUUAUUGUCUCGCUAUUGUAAGUUUAUAUAUUAAGACAUUAAAUUGUGACAAAAUUGUGGAUAAUACAGUAAAGUUAUAGUUGUCAAAUUAUUGACAAAAAAAUUACUCCAUAACAGUUAUACAGUUAUUGAAAAAUUAUAUUUUAAAAGCUGACAUUUAAGGAAAAAACCUGAAGUUUUAAAUCACAAUAUUAAAAGACAUUUCAGUCAUCUUGUUAAUAAAUGUAUGCGUAUUUGUAUAGCUAAACGCAAAUACAUAUACUUUUUUUCAUUGAAACUAACUGGUUUCUUUAAGGUGAUCGAAGGCUGGUGUGAUUUUUGUGAUACAUACUUUGUAAAAAGUUAAGAUUAUUAUUGUUAAUUAAGUAUAGAUGGGCGAUAAAAUAAAGGAUAUUAAAUACGAGCAUUUAUUUUUGUGUCAUGCAUUUUAUGAAAGCACAGAUGAUAUAUAAAAAAUAUAAUAAUAAUAAUAAUUAUAAAAAUGAGAAGGUGCAUAUAUAAAAAUAUUGUACGUUUGAUGAUAUGUUUUAACAACAAUAUAUCUGCCAUAAUUGCGGAUACAGCACGAGAAUCUCAGAUAAUUAGUGUAUUUUGCUCUCAAUAUAUUUGAAAAAAAUUUUAAAUAUAA